AUGAGCACAUUCAUCCUCUUCGCAUCCGAGAAACACGACGAUCGAUACGGACCGAAGUCCAAGAUCGGCAAGCAGGAGGAACGAGAGGAGCAGAAUGACGCUGGCCAUACCCACACCCCUACCGCCGAAGGUGGCGAGAUGACCGAGAGCAAGCCGGAAAAUGUUGUUUAG